AUGCAACGAUCUUACACUCAAAUGAGGGAUCAGACAUCAAAUAUCAGUUCUUCGGUAAACGGCACGGCAUCUUUAGCCCGCAAGCACCUUUUUAUUAUUCGUCAUUCCAUGGAAUGUCGGCAGAAAGAAUUGGACGGAGUUCCAAAUCAAUGUUCGUUUGCUGUUUGCGCGCAAAUGCGUCGAGUUCUUGAUCACGUUUUUGCGUGUAAUCGUGGCAAUGAUUGCACAUUUAAUCACUGCGUGACCUGCAAACAACUGAAAAGUCAUGCAGAUAACUGUGAGGAUCCUCUUUGCCCCAUUUGCUCAAAUUUUCCUACUAAUGGCAACCCACCCAACAAUAAACUUGCUCAAAACGAUAAUGUGAACAGUGGUUGUCAGCGCCAAGGUUCCUUAACGAAUGGGGGACUUGAACAAGCUUACCAAUCAAUUCCAAACGCCUGUAUAACUUCUGCUCGCUCAAUCCUUCAACCUACAUUGCCUGUCACAAACGGCUAUAAUUGGCGACAGGGAUAUGAUUUUGCAAAGCGUGAGGAAAUUGUUAAAAGCCAUGCGAGCCAGGUCUUUCCACCGGCAACAUAUAAUGACUGCCGGGCCGAGGCCGUAUUUAGGCUUUUUAAAGAGCAAGAGAAGAAGUUAUUUAAUGAAAGUCCUACGGAACAGGAUUACAGAAGAAACCUACAAACGUUUGUUGUCAGUCUUCAGAAUGAACUAAAACAUAAGUCGCGCAUAAACCCAUGUUCACUCUCAAAUGGAACUGUUUCUUCGCCUGUGAAUUCCAAGCCCGACUUGGUUCCAGCCUCUGAUCAGCAUCUUUCAAGGACUCAGUUACUGGCAUCUUGUGAUACAAGUGGAAAAGCAUCUGAAUUGCCUGUUAUUGAGGCGGUUAACGAGGUACCUCAAGCUUGCUCGGAUUCCACAAAUCAGCCAUUCAAGCAGCUUAAGACUGAGCCGUCGUCAGUCCCCGCCGCUUAUGAAUUGUCUGCCGAGAAGAAGGAGGAUACCAGACUGAAACCUCGAUGCCCAAUUGGUGAGGUGCAAUCUACACCAGUGCCAGUUACAAAAUCUGAACCUGGUAGGAGAUGUGUAUGGACAAAGGAACAGCUAAAGAACGCUUUCAUACCGCUUCUCAACGACAUAUCAAAUCAAGAGCCGCAUGCUCAACAUUUUCGUACACCCGUUCCAUUUGAAGAAUUAAAGCUUCCGGAUUAUCCAUCAAUUGUUCCGUAUCCCAUGGACCUUUCGACAAUAAUGAAGAAGCUGAAUCAUGGGGAGUAUGGGGACCCAUGGGACGUCGUUGAUGACUUUUGGUUGAUGUUUAAUAAUGCUUGGAGAUAUAACAGGAAGAACUCCAGAGUAUACAAAGCCUGCUCAAAGCUCGCCGAAAUUUUUGAAAGCCUAAUUGAUCCGUUAAUGCAAGACUUAGGCUUUUGUUGUGGUCGUGAAUUUGUUCACUACCCUCAUGUUUUGACUUGCCUCACUGACAAGUCUUGUAACAUCAAUCGCGACGACGUUUAUUAUGUUUACGAGAACUCUGGCGAUAACAAAAAGCAGGACCUUUUGGAUAAGUAUAUAGUUUGCGAGCGUUGCUAUCAAAGUGCCGUCAAUACCAUAACCAUAGAUGACCAAAGUUCACCUGUGCAUCUCAAAAAAAGCCUUUUCGAGAAGCAAACGAAUAACACUAUCGUUCACGAGAAGUUUGUUAAUUGCCGGGAGUGUGGUCGGAAAUGGCACAAAGUGUGUGCGUGCCAUAUGGAUGAAAUUUGGCCCAGCGGAUUCGUCUGCAAGACUUGUAUAACAGAGCUCGGUUGCUGCCGCUCACCCAACCGUUUCACUGCAAAGCGCCUCCCUACGUGUAAACUGAGUGACUUUCUUGAGAAACGUGUAAAUGAUUUCCUGAAAAAAAAAGAAUCUCAGACUAGCGAAGUGAUAAUUCGCGUUCUUGCAAGCGCUAACAAGACGGUUGAAGUAAAGAAGUACAUGCGCAAAAUGUAUAGCGACUGUGGCAAGUUCCCCAUGUCAUUCCCCUAUCGUGCGAAAGUUAUUUUCGCUUUCCAGGAGUUGGAUGGCCAGGAAGUGUGUUUUUUCGGACUCUACGUGCAGGAGUACUCGUCAGACUGCCCCGCUCCUAACAAGCGCCGGGUGUACAUAGCCUACUUAGAUUCCGUUUAUUUCUUUCAGCCAAAACAGUAUCGCACAGACGUUUACCACGAGAUUCUUGAAGGGUACUUACUUUAUGCAAAAAAACAAGGUUUCGCUACUGCUCACAUCUGGGCCUGUCCUCCAGGUGAAGGAGAUGAUUACAUUUUCCACAUGCAUCCCCCAGACCAAAAAAUCCCCAAGCCUAAACGCUUGCAGGACUGGUACCGAAAGAUGCUUCAAAAGGCCCACAACGAGCGAAUAGUUGCCGAUUACAACAACAUAUACCAAGACGCCUACGAUACGAAUUGCUUGACACCUACAGAUAUUCCCUACUUUGAUGGCGAUCUCUGGCCAAACACAUUAGAGGAACUCUUAAAGGCUGCUGAGGAGAGUCGUCGGAAAUUACGUGAAGAAGAAUUGACUCGCGUUGACGCUGACGAUUACGGUGACGACUUUGGAGACGAUGCUGACAGUAAUCAAGGCAGCCUCGAUUACGACCGGAAACCCGGCAGCGCUGGUAGUUGUGGUGGUAAUGUCAGUGAUAGUAAGAAAAAAACCAAAAAACGCAAGAUGAAGCGAACUACUUCCGCUUUGAGCAUUGCUGGUGGAUGCAGUAAAAGGAAACGACUAUCAACCGCUACGACCAGUGGAGAUACGGAGGCGGAAGUACAGCGGCGCUUGGAAGAAAUGCUUCAAAGGAAUGCCGAGGCUUUUCUAACAAUAACCUUGCAUCCGCGUAGCCAGGUCGCAAGUCUGCAGCCGAUCAAAGAUCCUGAUCCGCUUUUUUCAUCGGAACUUAUGGAAUGUCGCGAUACAUUUCUAAGUCGCUGCCGGGAACGCCAUCUUGAGUUCUCCACGCUUCGUCGAGCAAAGUUCUCCACUCUUGCCUUCCUCUACGAUAUUCAUACAGAAAAUAAGGAUGCGUUUGUUUACAGUUGCAACUGUUGCCAAAGAGAGAUUGAAUCACCUCGGCAGUGUAAACAGUGUCCAAACUUCUACCUCUGUGACAAUUGCUUCAAAACUCGAAAUCAUCCUCAUCCUAUGGAGAAAGUUGUCAUAAGCGAAGACAAUGCGAGUCCUGCGGCAGUUCAGCAGUCUGACAGAUUGAAAAUGGAGCGUUGUGUAAAGCUUUUAGAACAUACUUGUUGUUGCAGGGAUGCUAAUUGUCGUAACCAAGCGUGCCGAGAUAUGAAACGUCGACUGGAACACUUUCGAACGCAACAUGACCGCAAUAAAUGUUGCUGGUGCCGACCUCUUCAUCGAAUCUUGGCUGCACAUUCUACGAAAUGUAACGACUCCAAGUGCCAGGUUGUGUUUUGUGCCCACUAUAAGACUCUCAAGAAGCAACAGGAGUCACAACAGCGGUUAAGGAAAUUGCAAACUCUUCGACGCCGGCAAAAGACUAUGCAAUGUUCUAACAAUAACAAAACGCCCCAGCAACCAAACACUCCUCAACCUGCUCAGACAGUUGUCAGUUGCAGUGGUGUUGUUCCACAGCUGGUGGCUUCCACGGCCAGUCCCACGGUGUUUCACACCCCGAACUCAUCGGAGCCACCCCACAGUUUUUCUUCCCAGACUCCCCUAACAUCGCCACAUUCCGUGUCAAAUCCUCGGAACUCUCCAUCUAAGUCAGUAUCAUCUGGUGGACCACUCCAUACUACCAUGCAGCAUUCUCAUUCUUCACCUUACCAACUCCCUCCACAACCUUCCCCCGCACCUAUAACCUCUUCAAAAGGUCCGGGCAGUCAACAGGCGCAACAGCCACCUUAUCACCACUUACCCUCCCCAGCAGAAUACCAACAGGCAGCGCCAGUCACUUCCCCCUACUCUCAGCAACCGCCGUUAUAUCAGCAACCCCAAUUGGUGCAUCAGCAACCGCUUCAGUCACCCCAAAUGCAGACCAAGAGCUAUUCUGUUGACAUAGGCUAUCUAAGACAGAAUAGCAACCCAUUAACGGCGCCUCCUGGCUUUUACGAAAACGGCCAGUCACCUUACCUAAGAAGUCCUGUUGUUACUGCGACGCCCCGAGUUCCCUACCAGAUGCCUUCAAUGGAGAUGGAGGAAUCGUACUCAAUCCCAGCUGUUGGUAUGAAGCGGCCGUUCUUCAAUGAAUGUGAUAUGAUGCCUGUUGGUGUUGGAGGGACAAAUCUCUAUGCCUCCAGUAGUGGUAUCAGCGGUGGUAAACCGGUGAUGCAACGUUCGAUGUCUGCAGCCAUGAUAUCACAGCAACAGAAUCAACAAAACCAGGCACAACAGCAACCAGUCAUGCAGUGGGCCGGAGGGGCUAUGAUAAAUGGCCAGUUGAUGCCGGCGACCACGUCGGCUGCCGUCAAGAUUACGCAUACUGGCGCCAGCAAGCAAUUACAGCCUCUGCCUGCACAGCAGACACCACCACCGCAGUUAGGGAACAGUGUACCCCAACUGCCGACUGGGGCAGAAGUGGAAAUGGUACUGAAUGCGAGGCGCAAUUUCGGCAACGAUAACGAAUUCUUCUCAUGGCUGUACCAGCACCAGCAUCUAAUACCUGCUUGGAACUACUGCCGAAGUCAACAGAAACCAUCUGCACCCGCAACGUCCCUACAGUAUUCGUCGCAGCAGUCAGCCCCGCAGCAGAUGCUGCGCAAUAGUGUCGGUUUUCUUGCCAACCCACAGCAACAGCGGAUGAUGCAGCCAGGACAGAAACCACUGGUCAAUACCUGGCCAAUGCAGAAUCAACAGCAACCACAAUCAGCUCUUGAUCCCCGAACCUUGCGUCAAACGUGUUAUGCUCCCCAGGGGAAGCCGGCCUACAGCCAAUUAUCACAGCAACAACACGCUGCAAUGCCCAACAAUCCUUACGCUUCUACUGGAUUCCCCCCACGUUAUCCCUCUCCUGGUUCCUCUGCCGCUCUUGCAGAUCUCGGCGGACGCUCUGGCAUUUUGCGAACGCCAAUUGCACAGCAACAGCAACGAAUGGGCACGGCAGCGCCAGCGUCACCCAGGCCUCUCCCAUCCUAUCCUUCGCAACAGCAGCAACCGUCUUUGAUGCUGUCUCAACUUCUGGUUCAACCUCAUCCGCAGCAACCGCCGCCACAACGGUCCCAGGAUCAUAUGCCCCAUCAACUACCACAACAACAACAACAACUUCCCCAUUGA